AUGAAUCCGUCUACCAGUGUACCGUUAAAUGUGCUGUCAGGAUAUACUGAUAAUAUUAAUCAUACUAUUCGAGAGGUAUUUGAUAGUGAUUAUUAUGAAAUCAACGGUUUGCUCGAUCCAUUUAAAAACGGGACGCAAAACAAUGUGCAACAACAUGGUGAUGAACUGUACAUUCAAAGGUCGAUGGAUAAUGGCUUAGACGAAACGACUAGUGUAGAUUUACAAAUGAUACAAGCCGAUCAGGACUCAUCGUUUAUACAAUCUUCAGAGUCAGAUAUCGAAUUGCAUAAUCUAGAAGAAUUAUUAGCUCGAACAUCGAUUAGUGAUGUUUACUUAGGACCUGUUAAAAACAAUGAUGGUAAAAUCAUUCCUUUAGAUGUUGAACGUCGUGCAAUUCUCAAUAAUAGUCUGGCAUCAUUGCCAUAUUCUUCAACAUCCCUUGCUUUUUCUCCACCUGGUAUACAAAUUAUAACAGAAAUGUGGACUACAUUUCUACGAGAUCGUUUGAGUCAUUGUAAUAGCCGUAUACACAAUAUGUCUGUAGAUAAUCUACGCACCUGUCUAUAUGAUCAUAGUUUAAAUCAAUUGGGAAGCACUACCGUAUUAAAACGUCGUUUACAAGAGUUUGUGCGACGAGCACGCGUAGCACAAUCAAUUGAUCACAAUAUUGAAAUCCAAAUCAGUGAUGAUGACGGAGAUGAUAAUGAGAAUAGCGGUUUCAGCUACGGUGGUCAUGAUAGUGUUCUUGGCGAAGUUAAUCUAAACUCUCAACUAACUAACAAUUGUGGGAAUGAUAGACGCAGACUGACAAAUCCAUCAGUUACAACGACGACAAAACUACUAAAACCUGUUAUAUUGACACCAGAUACAUUCUAUGACUACUUAUUAAUUAUUGACCUGGAAGCUACUUGUGAAUCAAAAGAGAAGAUAACCACUGAUGCCGACUAUCCACAUGAAAUCAUUGAAUUUCCCAUAUUACUAUAUAGUACAAGGUUACGCAAGUGCGUCAGUGUAUUUCAUGCUUAUUGUAAGCCAAGAUUACAUCCAGACCUUAGUGAGUUUUGUACAGAUCUAACACAGAUUCAACAAAUCCAAGUAGAUAACGCCCAACCAUUUCCUCAUGUUUUGUUACAGAUUGAAGAAUGGCUGUUCAAAAGACAUAAACUGGCCAACAAGAGAUGUGCCAUUGUAUGUGAUUGUAGUGCAGAUAUGAGUAAAUUUAUGCGUAUUCAAUGUCGUCUGGCUAACAUAUCUAUACCUAGUUGGGCCAAUAUAUGGAUUAACUUGACCAAAUCAUUUCGCGCUUUCUACAAGUUUCCAUCACGCUAUCGUAUAACAUUGAAUGUUAUGUUACAUGAUUUGGGUUUAUCUUUUGUUGGUCAGCGACAUCGUGGUUUAGAUGAUGCUAUUAAUAUACUACGUAUCGUACGUGUAUUAUUGUCUGAUGGGUGUUUGCUUCGUGUCAAUGAACGAAUUGAUUUUGAUAGACCUCCUUCUUUUGUCUCCUCUGUACCAAGGCAUGUGACGCAGGUCACAUCAGGUUUGAUGGGGAGCAAACUGGUUUUACUAUCACCAUCUCCACGAAAAAACAAAUCAAACAGUACCGGGAUUGGUCGUCACAAUCGUACUGUUGGAAACAAACACGUAACUCCAAGUGAUCUUGACGACAGCAAUCGAGAAUCGUUAUUAUGGUUAGCCAGUAUUCAGAAAACUCGGAUAAAUAGAGAUAAUUAA